AGCGUGAAGAUCGCACCGGGGGCCGUGGUGUGCGUAGAGAGCGAGAUCCGCGGGGACGUGACCAUCGGGCCCAGGACCGUGAUCCACCCCAAGGCCAGGAUCAUCGCCGAGGCGGGGCCGAUCGUCAUCGGGGAAGGGAACCUGAUCGAGGAGCAGGCGCUCAUCGUCAAUGGGUAUCCAGAAAAUAUUGCCCCAGAAACCGAAGAGGAGGUGGAGCCCAAGCCCAUGGUGAUCGGCACCAACAAUGUUUUUGAGGUUGGGUGUUAUUCCCAAGCAAUGAAAGUGGGGGAUAACAACGUCAUCGAAUCCAAAGCGUUUGUGGGCAGGAACGUGAUCCUGACGAGCGGCUGCAUCAUUGGAGCCUGCUGCAAGGUCAACACCUACGAGGUGAUCCCCGAGAACACCGUCAUCUAUGGGGCCAACUGCCUCCGCCGCGUCCAGACCGAGCGGCCGCAGCCCCAGACGCUGCAGCUGGAUUUCCUGAUGAAGAUCUUGCCGAACUACCACCACCUGAAGAAGACCAUGAAGCCCACGUCCACCCCUGCCAAGAGCUGA